AUGUUUCGCUUCUGGACCUCCGAUUCUAAGGGGAGCGAGCAGUCUCUGGAAAAGUCAAACCUCUUGUCAGACACGAACCAACAUCUCGGCACACCAUCAAGGCUACUGUCGCAAACCGCCUCCGGCCUCCCGGCUCCAAAUAAGAGGAGCUGGGACGCCUUUGAUGACUCCAGCGAAGUUUCGUCUGAUGCAUCGCUGAGGAAGCGUGUUAAGCUACACUCUGACAUCUCAGAUUCGGCCUCGGUGUCGUCAUGCGACGAAUCAAUGUCUUCUGUCCAAGUUGAUCGCUUGGAUCCUGCACGCGACAUCAUCAGGCACCAAAUGGGCCUUGAAGUGCUUCUCAAACACGAUGAGCUGCGCUUAAUUAACCAGGAGCUUGCCAAAUGUCAAGUCGCGCUAGAACAACUGCGCCGCUGUCACCUGAUCCCGUACCCUCAACAUUGUCCGACGCCAGACCAGAUGCUAGAUAUCAGCAGCGGCAAGGGUCCUGCAGUCAUCACCCGAUUUGGUGAACCCGUCCCUCACUGGGCGCCACCAUUUGGAGUUGUGGACGGACCGUACGCGAGACACUACGCUAAGUGGCUUAUUCCUGAUCCCUCGUUCGAUGGUGAGCAGCCCGAGUGGCAGUUCACUCCGGAAUACACGCGCGCGCGUGUAUCCUUCGCCGAAGGCAGAACGACGAGAAAUAGUUUCACGGAGAUCGGCCCAACUUCAAAAGGCAGGCCAGUCCGUGGCAACGCAGGUCAGAAGCUUCAAGCUCUUUCGAACGGAUACCCUCAACCCAAGGACAAGGCUGGUCCUUGUAUCCUGAAGCGGUCCGAUGGCCAAACCGUCAAGCUAGUCUGCCUCGACUGCAACCGUGAAAACUUCUCUAGUACUCAAGGCUUCAUCAAUCACUGUCGCAUUGCCCACAAGCGAGAUUUCAAGAGUCACGAGGAGGCCGCAGUCCAAAGCGGACAUCCCAUCGAUGUCGGGGAGACUGGUGGUGCCUCGAGCGGUGGCACGCCAGAAGACAAGACUCAAGGCAACAACCCGUCGUUUGCCACCAACGUGCACCCCCUUGCCCGGCAAGACACGUCUGAUCAGCAGACGUACGCCGCCCUGCGCUCUCGAAUUGCCGACUCGCUCAAGCUGUAUCACCAAGGUAAGCUCCCUGGUGUUGGCGCAAUUCCUUCGAGGACUACGGGCGCGCAUGCGCCUGGUGUCAAGAAGUCAAGAGCUGCCGCCACCAAGUUCAACCCCGCUGGCGAGACGCCCUAUUUGUCUCGAUUGAUGAAGAGCCGCAACUUCAAUGGCGACCUCCGUGAUAUCGUUGCAGACGCCAAGACCAAGAUUUCCAUCGCAGACAUGACUCCCGACGAAGAAUCCGACGACACAGGCACUCCCAUUACUGCCUUUGACGGGCCAAAUGAUGCUGCUCCUGCCAGAACCCCCGUUGUCAAGCGUGUUCCAGCCCAGAGCGGAAAGACGCCUGCUGCCUCGACCGACUCACCCAUCCACACAAAGAGCAGCAAGAGCCGCGCCGCACCCAUGUCUCUCGUAUCCCCCUCCGGUUCUACUCUGGAUGUGAUGUCCAAACGUGGAUCUGAUGCUGUCUUGUCCGAUGAGGAUAUGGACAUGGAAGAAGCCAACCUCAGCCCCAAUACUCUGGUUAGCAACAAUGCGCCGUCUCUUGUUAGUGACGAUGGAGAAUAUGACGACUCCGAUGACGGAUCUUCCAUGUCUGGUGGUAGUGAUGAGCUUGAAAACGAGUCUGUGUCUGACGUUGCUGAAAUUACGCUUGACGAGGACCAUGACCCGAGAGCCCUGCGUCGUGGCUCCAACGGCGUUUCAGGUACUGUGAGGCUACGUAAAGACGAUUCCAAGAAACAGCAUGUCACCUUUCUUGGGCCUGUGAAGAACCGCGCCAAGGAUCGAAGAACGCGCAGGACAUGA